AUGGUCGCCUCGAGUACAGCGAAUAGUGAGCUACAGCGCAUCUGGCGACUUGUCCAAGAACUCUCUGCGCAACUCAAGGAGAAUCAGCUCGAGACGGAGCAUUUGAGGCGACAAGCACAGUACCUGCAGCUUCCUGAAGGCGAUGGAGAUGAAGAUGACUUGCCAGAAUAUGCAACGAAGGGCAAUGCAGGUGUCAAUGGGCAUGCGCAGCAACCAGGGCAUGAGAGAACACAAAGUCGCAUGACCGACACGCUGAUGCAGCAACACGAGCAGCUCAUUGAGGAGAAUCGCAAGCUCAAGCAAGAUACAGAAGAUAUGUCUUUCCUACUAGCAGAGUACGAAUUGGGUCUAUCCACGGCCAUGGACAAGAUUCGCGUACACGAGCACGACCUGACCCUUUCUGUGGUGCAUCUCAAACGGCGGCAUCAGGAAGAACUUGAUGCGGAGCGCGAACGGACACGCGGUGCGCAGCAGCAAUAUGCACAACUACAGCAGGAAGUGCAGCGUAUCCAGGGGCUUGUGCGACAAGCGUAUGAGGCGCAGACGGGUGCCGAUGCGGAUGUGUUGAUUGAGCGGUUGCAGGUUGAGAAUGCUGCGUUGCAGGCCGAGAAUGCUGGAUAUCAGGCCGCAGUAGGUGUCGAAGCCCUUGAACAAGGCAACAUCAAAGACAUCGCACCAGGCUUGUCCGAAAUCACAAGCAAGCCGGAUACCAUCGAGGUCGUGCCAGUAUUCGUGGCGAACGAGCUCUCGCUCUGUUGUUUUGGCGUACUUUUCAUGAAGCAAGGUAUUGAGCCUGCGUUGCCGCAUGAUGGUUACUUUUUCACGGAUCCAGAGAUGGAGGUCGAGCUAUGCGGUCAGGUUUGA